AUCCCAUUCACUCCCCGUCCACCUCUCUCACGAUCCCCUCAUUCCCCCCACUCAACCCGCCCUCCGUCACACUCCCGAAUUCACUCAGGAACAAACAAAUCAUCAGCCUGGGCUGGGCCCCAGUAUACCAAGAUCAUGGACACCCCUCCGCCUCCGGCGCUCGAAAUCUCCCCGCCCCUCCUCAACUCCGCCAACCCCUGGUGCACCACCUUUGAGGACCUCGACCGCCUGCACGCCUCCCCCCACACCGGCGCCAUCACGACCCGCACCUCCAUGCUCGGCGGCUUCGCGCACGACGACGCCUCCAACCAGUACGCCUUCUUCAACCCCUCCACCGCCGAGCCCUCCCGGGCGCCCAACGCCUCGACGCAGCGGUCCCCGCCGGGCAUCGGCGCGGGCGACGUCGCCUCCCUCAACAACCUGGGCUACUCCCCGCACCCGCUCGGGACCUACCUCGACUUCGUCGGCCGGCUGCCGGACCGCGAGGUCGAGGGCCACCGCAAGCUCGUCAUCGUCUCCGUCACCGGCUCCCCGGCCGAGGUCGCCGAGUGCUACCGCCUCAUCGCCAGCUUCUCCCGCACCACGCCUCACCCACUCGCCAUGGAAGUGAACCUCUCGUGCCCCAACAUCGCCGCCGCCUCGCCGCCGGCCUCGGACCGCGCUCAGCUGCUGGCCUACCUCGCCGCCCUGCCACGAAACCCGGAGAUCCCCGUCGGCCUGAAGACGCCGCCGUACACCCACAUCGCCCACUUCGCGGAGCUCAUCGGCGCGCUCCGCCAGGACGCCACUGUCGUUUCGCCCACGUCGAUGCUCGAGGUGCCGAGCAGGAUCAGCUUCAUCACCGCCGUGAACACGCUCGGCUCGUGCCUGCUGCUCGAGGGCGCCAGGGACGGGGAGUGGAGCCCGCGGCUGCCCGGGUCGGGCCUGGGCGGGAUGGCCGGGGCGCCGCUGCACCCGCUGGCGCUGGGGAACGUCAAGACCAUCACGGAUCUAUUGUCGCGGGAGCCUGAGCUGUUGCACAUCAAGGUCAUCGGCGUCGGCGGCGUAUCGGACGCGGACGGGUUCAGGCGGAUGAAGAGCGUCGGCGCGUACGCCGUAGGGGUUGGCACGGCUUUGGGAAGGGAGGGGGUCGAGGUGUUUGAGAAGAUUGCGUCUCAGUUACACAAGUAAGGACGGCAGGCCUGGCUUGUCAACACAAAUUCAGCUUGAGAUAUCACAGGCCGAUGUAAUGGAUA